CCGUCGCGGCGUCACUCCUGUGAGUCAACUCGGAGCAGUGAUAGGUCUUGCGCCUUCAGCUUUUGCACGUUGGGAUUGCAAUCUGAACCAGAGAUGUUCGUCUCGGAGGGACGAAUUCACCGUGGCUUUCUUCUUCUCUUGAUUCCGGCGAGGCUUUCAGUUCGAAGUCUUGCAUUGCAUCCCUAUUUUUAGAACCCACUGUCACCAAAUCAAGCCAGACGCAAGAAAGCUGAAACUCGCUGCAUUUGUCGUAAAUUUGUAGCUUAGGGUCUACUGCACAGUGCUCGAAGCACAAGGAUUCCGUCGCAGAGACCUUCUUCUUCCGUGCUUCAUCCUCUUGGUCGUCUCAAUUGUCACUCAUCUUUUCCGACACGUUCAUUUGGGGUUGCGAAUCUCAUUUGCCGAGGCAGUGGUGCUGGGUUUCUUUGUAUCAAACGCAAGGAAUGCAAGAGCAUAUCAAUGGGUGUAUCAAACGAUGAAAUUAUCUCGUCUGGGUCUCAAGUAUGGGUUGCGCUGCUGCUCACAAUGGUGGGCGGACUUAGCACAGCCCUAGGGGGACUUGUUGUAGUCCUACAACCAACCCCUAACCUCAAGAGGCUCGGCAUCUUACAAGGCCUAGCAGCUGGAUUGAUGUUUUCUAUUUCCUUCAACGACUUGAUGCACAACGCCAUUAACGCGAUAGGAUUUCCUCGAGCGCAUUUGUGGUUCUUCGGGGGCGUGUUGAUGUUUGCAGGAGUAGUGACCCUGAUCCCCGAGCCCUCGUUAACUCCACAACAGAAUGCGGCCAUGGAUGCAGCUGGGAAGGGCAAGGGGAUCAAACAAGGCAAAGACGUCGAGAAGCCUCAUCUAAUGCGCCAACGGCGAAAACAAGUGCUCAUGAGCGGAAUCGUGACUGCCGUGGGGAUUGGUCUCCACAAUUUCCCUGAAGGAAUUGCCGUCUUCCUUGGUUCCAUCAAAGGCUUACGGGUAGGGAUUAGUUUAGCUUGUGCCAUAGCUCUCCACAACAUACCUGAGGGUGUUGCUGUGGCCCUUCCUGUAUACUUCGCUACGGAGAGCAAGUGGAAGGCGUUUCAGUUGGCAGCUUUCUCUGGAUUGGCAGAACCUCUGGGAGUGAUCAUUGUUGCUACUUUGUUUCCACAGAGCAUGCCGCAUCACAUUCUGGAAGGCUUGUUGGCAGGAGUUGGAGGGAUCAUGGCAUUUCUAACGCUUCACGAGAUGGUGCCACUAGCUUUGGAGUACGCAGGUCGCCGGCAGGCUAUUGCGUCCGUGUUCAUUGGCAUGGCACUCAUGUCUGUGAGUUUGUACUUGCUUGAAAUCAGUGUGCCUCAAGACCUGAAAUUGUGAUUGAUGCCCUCCUUUUCGUGCGGUCUUCUUGUCGCUGUUGAAAUCAACUGUUGAUUGUUUACUGUUUAAAGUGGUCUUGUAACUCUCCAAAUGCCAAAUACGAAUACAAUUGGACGAUUUUGAGUCCAAAUUGGUGUUGAGAAAGUCUCUGCACACCUUUGCAACUUCAAUCUUCGUCUGUGCUCUCCACAGCUGUACAUUUUGCACGGAAUGCGAAAUCAGUUGCUCCAAACUGGAAAGACGCACAUUUGAUAAUAUUUCAAUUUCCCUGAACCGAGAAAGUACCGAAGAUGCAGGAUAACGAGGAAUCAUGCCUCGGCCGCGACAGUGGGAGGGACCCAUUCGGCUGGGACAUGCUUAUCUGGGACCUGUGGUUGUCCCGACUCUGAUAGUGUUGCAAAGCGUUUUUAUGCGACUUCGCUUGUGGGUUCCCUCUGCAAGAUCCUUGACAAGGGCUCCUACUUCAACCUUGAUCACCUUCCACGAUACAGGGAAACAAAUGUCCACUAUCCGGUGAUUACUAACAGUUGAGGGCACUAGCAAGGAGGAGUUGUGAAGCUUCUUCACCAGACCCCAAUUGGCAAUCGAAGGACCUCAAUUCUCAUUGACAGUCCUAGACAGAAACCAAGGCAACUUCACUGCAGUGAAAUUGGCAGCUGAGGUUAGUAUCAUCGGUGACAGAUACAACAGAAGGGUGAUGAAAAGACAAUGUUGAAUAGGCAGUGUCGGUGUGUGAGGGAUCAUUGAUUGAUCGAAAGUGGAAAAUGAGGGCAAGGAACUCCCAGUUGGUGUCAUCUCCGAUUUGAUAUCACUGGAUUAAUUGCCACUCGUUAUGUUGAUCAAUGCACCAAGCUUAAUUAGAGUGAGAUGAAGGCAGUGAUGGAGUUUGGCUCCUUUGGCGUUGAUCCCCAUGUUCCAGCCACUUGACACUGAGGACGCAGGGUACGUUAGAAAAAAACCCCAAUUGUGAUAUUUUCCUGCAUUGUCUGAAACCAUUCAACUUAGUUCUGUGUUGUAAAGCGAAAAAAAAUAUCAUAUACAUAUUACCAUGUAUGUACAUAAGACAUAAAUACAAUGGUUCUGUAAAAAAUACAAAAU